GCUCCCAAUUGGCAGCAACCGUCUAAACCGCAAAACACGAAACCACAGCCUCAGCACUGGAAUGCCGACCAAUGGUCGCAAAGUCAGUGGUCAGAGAGUCCGUCGCAAGAAGAGGGAUGGCAUGACAUUCAGUGGCCACUCACUCAACACUCAAACAGCGCUCCGGAAGAACGACCGUCGGUUUGGUCACAGAAUCGGCCGAACGGAGAGUCGCGACCGAACCGUCCGUACAAUGAGGAAAAACCCGUCCGACCGGCCAAACAACAACAACAAAGACCUCCGAAACAACAGGUCUGGCCUUCGGAUAUGUGGGAAAAGAAGGGACCGAAAAGGAGUGAAGAAACAAUUACCUGUCGAGCAGCCGUCCUAUGGAAAGAGGGCUCUCCGUUGACGGUGGAGACGAUAACCGUGGAUCCGCCGAAGAAGGGCGAAGUCCGCGUCCGAAUGGUAGCGGCGGGCGUUUGCGCGACGGACGCCCACUUCGUGUGGGGCUGGCCCACAGACCUGGCGCUCGACUUCGAGGGCCUGCCGGUGGUGUUGGGUCACGAGGGCGCCGGAGUGGUGGAGUCUGUGGGCGCGGGUGUGACGGCGGUGUCUGCGGGCGACAAAGUGGUGUUGAUGUGGAUGCCUGAGUGCGGUGUUUGCGACCUUUGCCGCAAUCCGAAGACCAACUUCUGCUCUGUUGGCAAUUUCUACACCACUUUAUAUCACGACAACCGCGAGACGCGAAUGAAAGUCAACGGAAAACCGUUACUCUCUUUGGGUUCGUAUUCGCGGCUCGAAAACAGAGUUUGA